AUGCCAUCUUCUUCAAGAUUGAACGAACCUGAAGAUGGUGAAUUACCAGAAGACAACCUACCUAGCAGUUCCACUGCCCCACCUCCCAAACUGAUACGUCCUGCCAAACCAGCUAAACAAUGGGUUAAUGCAUUAUCCAAGCUCAAUGUUGAUUCCUCUUCAUCCUCCAAACUACCUCCUCCCCCUCCUCAGCAAUCCGCUACGACUUCUACUUUUACAUCUGCAUCAGGAUCAUCUGUUCGAUCACGUUCACCUGGUAAAUCUCUGAAUCCUCACGGUUUACCACCUCGACCUUCGGAAAGAUCACCGAGACACAAAGAAAGUGAUAGAGAGGAAAGGCGGAAGGAAAAAGAUAAAGACAGGGUAUAUGAUGAUUAUGAAAUACCACCUUCAACUUCUCGAUCAAGAUAUUCACCGUCGCCGCAACAUCGACGAGAUAGAGAAGAUAGGUAUAGAAAUGAGUAUGAUAGAGGAAGAGAAGAUAGAUAUUGGUUAGAUGAUCGAGAUAGGGAUAGGGAUAGGUACAGGUCGGACGAUAGGUAUAGUAGGGGACGUGGUCAUGGUAGACACGAUAGGGAAGAAGCUGAAUAUACUUCGGCUUGGGGUCAGUACAAUAAGCAUAGGGACUCGAUAUUGAAAGAAAGAUCAGUCAGGUCGGAAGAUCAUUAUGAUGGUACGGGUACUAGAUCACCAGCGAGAAGAAGAGGCGACUCACCACCGCAGUCUGAGUAUAGAAGAUCGGAUAAGGAAGAACAGCAUAAGCGAUCACAUGAUACGCCUUUGGUCAACCCAUAUUCGAAGCAGGAUAUACAUCGAAAUGGUGUAUUCAGCAAAAGCAGAGAUCUUCCCGAAGUUUUUCCCGAAGUUGGAAAGCAUACAACACUGCUGGCUGAAAAUGAUCUAGAAAAUAAAGAUCGAUCUGCACCAAUACGGAUAUUAAACCGACCUACUCAUACACAGCGUUCGACAGAUGAAGAAAGCACUCCUUCUGUUCCUACCCCGCCCACCAACAACUCCCUGCCACCACCCUCACCACCUCCUCCAGUAGACGAGAACGGGGUCGCCCCUCCAGUAGCAUCGCCUCCUCCCCCUCCCCCAGACUCCCCACCACCACCACCCGAGCCACCGACGGUAGAUGUCCCUCUUCAAGCGGAAACAACAGCUUCUCCAUCCAAAUCACGGCCACUAGUGGCUAAAGCAGAACAGACUGCUAAUCCAUAUGCACCCAAGCCGAUACCCCAUGCGCCCAAUCGGAAUCUUCUAGACCCACCUACGAGAGCGGCUACUCCUACAGCCAAGAAGGAACUCAACACGAAUGAUUCUCAUGCCGAUAGUCAGCGGUUCAGAAGUCUGACUGCAGAGGAAGAGUUGAAGAAACUUGGCAAGACGUUCGAAGGGACUACGACGCUAGCGGCUUAUGAUCUUGGAGCGAAGUUGGGUGAAGGCACAUUUGGUGUCGUGACGAAAGGAGUAGAAAUCGCUACGAAAAGGGUGAUAGCGUUGAAGAAGCUCAUCACGCAUAAUCCCAGAGACGGCGUGUCCGUAACAACAGUGCGAGAAAUCAAGAUCUUGAAAAGUCUCAAUCACCCUAGCGUAGUACCUAUCUUGAAUAUGGUUGUGGAACGAAAAAUACCUGGAGAUCGAAGUAAUCGAGGGGAAGUUUUCAUGGUCUUCCCUUAUAUGGAUCAUGAUCUGUGUGGCUUGUUGGCCAAUCAGGAUUUUAAGAUGACUCAUUCGAUGGCGAAGCUGCUUAUGCGGCAGAUACUGGAGGGUAUCGACUAUAUACAUCUUAACAACUUCAUCCAUCGAGAUAUCAAAACCGCCAACAUCCUGGUUGACAAACAUGGUCAAAUCAAAAUUGCCGAUUUCGGUUUAGCUCGAUCAUGGACUCACGACGCUUUGAUGCCCCCUCAUCUGGCUAACGAAUAUACGAACAUGGUUGUCACACGAUGGUAUCGAGCUCCUGAAUUGCUCUUGGGUGAUACACAUUAUGGCCCUGCAGUGGAUAUCUGGUCAUUGGGGUGUGUAUUGGGAGAGAUGUAUUUCCGACAUCCGAUAUUAGCCGGUGAUUCAGAUCGAGAUCAACUAUAUCAGAUAUUUUCAAGAUGUGGUCCACUCAGUCAGGAUUCUUUCCCUGGGUGGGAUAGGUUACCUGGUUUCCCCGAGGCUGUCGGUCAUCCAUGGGAAAGGACGCCGGUAGAUACUACCUUGUUUGAUUCAGCACCUAAAUGGGGGAUGGAUCAAGGUGGAGCAGACUUGAUGAUGAAGUUGCUCAAGCUUGAUCCCAAACAACGUCUCACAGCCUACGACGCGCUCGAUCACCCGUGGUUCUGGACUGCUCCUCUACCUGCGGAUCCUAACAAGACAACGAUUAACGUAGAGUCAUCACAUGAGAUGACCACUCGUCAGAAACAGGAACCUGUAGCUUCACAAGCGAUAGCGCCUGCCAGACCACCUCGUCAGCAUCAGCAAAUUCCCUUUCAAUCUCGUCCGCCUCCUUCAUACGGUGGUCCACCUCCCGGACCUAGACCUCAGCAAGGGUAUCAGCCUGGUCAGCAGGGAUUCAACAAUUUCGGCCCACCAGGCCAGAAUCAGCAAGGAGGAUAUCCACCCCCUGGUCCUCUUCCGAUGGUUCAUGGUCAAACUGGAGCCGGCUAUCAACAACAGAAUGGGAACCCUUAUGGACCUCCUAUGGGUGUGGGCAUGGGUAUGGGCAUGCCUAUGCAACCUCAAAUGGGAUUCAAUGGUCCUCCACCAGGCCAAGGUCCAUUCGGUAGAUCUCAGACCAACGGUCCGUAUGGACAACAGCGCCCACCAUCUCAACAAGGUAUGGGUAUACCUACAGCACCAUUCAAGCUCAGUGGUUCCGGUGGGGGAGGCGGAGGUGGACCACCAGCUGCACCGUUCAAAUUGACUGGGAAUAACUUUAGACCACCUGGAAGAUCAAUGACUCAAGGUAAUUUCCCUGCUAACGGGAAUGGGGUUGGGAAUGGGAAUGGGAUGAAGAGAGCUCCUUCAUCUGGUGGGGCGGAAGGGUGGAGGGAUGAGAAGAGGAGGAAACAUGAGGGAGGAUUACCGUACUAG